CCGAGCACUGCUAGUGAUCUCUCUGUAUUUGUUACUCCAGUCACUUGUCGAAUUAGUUAUUUACGCCGAUCGAAACGAAAACAAGCAGCAGUAUGUGUGGAAUUUUUGCUUAUUUGAACCACUUGACCCCAAGGACGAGACAGGAGAUUCUGCUGCUCUUGGUGGGAGGAUUGAAGCGGUUGGAGUACAGAGGAUAUGACUCUGCAGGAGUGGCUCUGGACUCUCCUAAUGGCGAGGAUAUUGCCAUCGUGAAGAAACAGGGAAAGGUCAAAGCGCUUGAGGAUGAAAUUUUCAGUCGAGCAAAUCUUGACUUCGAAAAAACCACCGAUUCCCACGUGGGUAUCGCCCACACCCGUUGGGCGACCCACGGAGUACCAUCCGUCGUGAAUGCUCAUCCUCAAAGAUCUGAUCACGAUCAUGGAUUCGUGGUAGUGCAUAACGGAAUCGUCACGAAUUACAAGGAAGUGAAGACACUUUUGCAGCAGAGGGGAUACGUUUUCGAGAGUGAGACAGAUACUGAAGUCAUUGCUAAACUUAUUCAUCACCUCUGGACCCAACAUCCCAGUUAUUCAUUUAGGGAACUUGUUGAACAAGUUGUCCAGCAGUUGGAAGGUGCAUUUGCCCUCUGCUUCAAGAGCAAGUUCUUCCCAGGUGAAUGUGUCGCCACCAGGCGAGGAUCUCCCCUCCUCGUUGGAAUUAAAACAAAGACCCGUCUCUUCACCGAUCACGUGCCCAUUCUCUACGGAAAAGAUGAUCUUCUACGUGAAACCAAAGAGGGUGAAGCUACGACCCAAGUUGGAACAGAUCACAGGCCUCAUGGGAGGACCGCUGAGGUACCAGUGAUCUCGAGAAGCGAUUCAACCGCCGAAUUUCAACCCCUCGUGGCUGAAGAGGUCGAGUAUUUCUUUGCAUCUGAUGCUAGUGCUGUCAUUGAACACACGGAUCGGGUCAUCUUCCUCGAGGAUGAUGAUGUAGCCGCUGUAAAGUCAGGCACCCUGAGCAUCCACCGUCUGCGUAGAUGCAUGGACGACCCACAUGGGCGUGAAAUCACGAUUCUUAAAAUGGAAAUCCAGCAGAUCAUGAAGGGAAAUUAUCAGUACUUCAUGCAGAAAGAGAUCUUCGAGCAGCCGGAGUCGGUGGUUAAUACUAUGAGGGGUCGACUCAACUUCGAAAAUAAUUCGGUUACUCUUGGUGGAAUUACUGAUUACAUCCCCGAAAUAAAGAGAUGUCGUCGCCUGAUGUUGAUCGGCUGUGGUACGAGUUACCACUCGGCAGUAGCUACACGCCAGCUUCUUGAAGAACUGACAGAACUUCCGGUUAUGGUUGAACUCGCCUCCGACUUUCUCGAUAGGAACACCCCGGUCUUCAGGGACGAUGUCUGCUUCUUCAUUUCCCAGUCUGGGGAGACAGCUGACACUCUCAUGGCGCUCAGAUAUUGCAAGGGACGUGGGGCACUCAUCGUGGGUAUCACCAAUACUGUGGGCAGCAGCAUCUGUCGAGAGUCACACUGCGGUGUGCAUAUCAAUGCUGGACCGGAAAUCGGAGUUGCCAGCACUAAAGCGUACACUUCACAGUUUAUUGCGCUGGUCAUGUUUGCGUUGGUCAUGAGCGAGGACAGGAUUUCACUUCGUCCAAGACGUCUUGAGAUUAUUGAAGGAUUAAAGAACCUGGAUAAUCAAAUCCGCGAAGUUCUGAAGCUGGAUGAUAAAGUGAAGGAACUAGCCAAGUCCCUGUACCAGAAUAAAUCCCUCUUAAUUAUGGGGAGAGGUUACAACUUUGCCACUUGCAUGGAGGGGGCUCUCAAAGUUAAGGAGUUGACUUAUAUGCACAGCGAGGGGAUCAUGGCUGGUGAAUUGAAACAUGGGCCACUGGCACUCGUCGACGAUUCUAUGCCGAUCAUCAUGAUUGUUAUGAGGGAUCCAGUGUAUACGAAAUGCAUGAACGCUCUUCAACAAGUAACAGCACGUGACGGAAAACCGAUAAUAAUCUGCGAAGUAGGUGAUAACGAAACAAAAGCCCUGGCAUCGAGUAUCCUGGAGGUGCCAAAGACUGUCGAUUGUCUCCAAGGCAUUCUAACUGUCAUCCCAAUGCAAUUAUUAUCAUUCCACAUCGCUGUGCUCCGUGGCUGCAACGUCGAUUGCCCCAGGAACCUCGCUAAGUCCGUAACAGUCGAGUAAAACCCCUCAACAAUUCAAUUUUCUAUUUUUCGAGAGAAAUUGGCGUGUCACACAACACAAAACAUCGACUCUAGAAUUAUUGAAAUGACGAUUGGGGCCGAUAAUCCUGAGAGAUUGCUAUUUUUUUAUGUUAUGAUCCAAUCUAGAGGUAAGAUACUGCUGACAAAAUGUGAAAUAUUGAAUUUCUUCACUGAUGACGAAGUUGAUGAGGAUGAAACAGCGGUGGAUGGACAUGAAUAACAAAUUCACAAUGAGUUUUCUGAAAAUAUCUUGUGAAAUAGUGAGUUUAGGGGGAAUAGCGUCAAAAUUUUUUUUGAAGGGCAUGAAAUUCUCUGCAAAAAAUGUUUUAUGACAUUUUUUCAUAUCACUACUCAUUACCGAGAUAAUCAAACAAUUAAUAUCAUAUGAACAAAAGGAAAAGACAAAUAACUAAAUUAGCGCGGACUAUUUCAUGAAUACCUCCUAAAAUAUUCAAUUUUGAGCGAAAUAUCAUACGACAUUUUUUGAAGAGGAUGAAGAUCUCUGCAAAAGACGUUACCUAACAUUUUUUCGUAGCAUCACUCAUUACCGAGAUAAUUCAGCUAUUAACACGACGAGAACAAAAAAAAGAUCAAAGAAAAUAGUACAGACUAUUUGGUAACUAUCUUUUGAACUAUCAGAUUUAGAACAAAAUGUCAUAAAACAUUAUUUGAAAAGUAUGAAAUUCUCCACAAAAAGUUCUAUGGACAUUUUUUUCUAAGCCCCUUGCCUCCAAAGAUAUUCGCAAAAAACUAAGUGAAUGACUCGUCUCCUUUCACCAUUCAAUCACUGGAUUACAUUCUUAUAUUUUUGUUUUUGCUUUUUAGUUUCAUUACUAAGUCUGUUGCAUUUUUUCGAACGAUUACUAAAAAAUAAUGAAGAGAAAGAGAAUGAAGAGACGAAUUCUUUCUCGAAAAUAUUUCGAAUUGCAUUUAUCAGGUUUAACCUACUGUAUUAUUGUUACUGCUCUGCAUGAUUAAUUGUGAUUUUAAUUGUAAAUCGGUUCCACUAGGCUUAGGUUAAUCGUACGACGAGACAUAGCACGUAUUGUUUUUAAUCAUAAAUCGUUAGGAUUAAGGGUUGUUGACGAUAUUUUAACGUGAGAAAUUUUUAUUUGAGAUUUGAAAUUAUUUUUGUAAUAUAGCGGUGUAUAUGAUGGAAUCGUCAAGUUGAAGUUGAAUCAAAUGUUAAUAGUCAGGACGUUUAUAAAAUCAAAUAACGAAUUGCAAUAGGAUUUUUAGAGUGUGAUGUUCGGAAUGAAUAGGAGUUUAUAUGAUUAUGGUCAAUAAAUUUAUAUGAUGCUGAAA